AUGCCGCGGGUUCGAAUUGCGGUGGAUGCGAUGGGUGGAGACUUUGGGCCACCGGAGACGGUUCCCGGCGUUCUGGCGGCGCUUGACGCCCAUCCCGAAUUGACCGUCACCCUGGUGGGCGAUUCCGAUGCCGUGCAAGCUGAAUUGUCCCGUCACGAUGUCAUCGGACGCUCAGUUUCAAUAGCCCCUUCGGAAGGCAAGGUCGAAGAUGAUGAGCACCCCAUAGCCGCCCUGCGCCGGAAACCGAACUCCUCGAUCGCCACCGCCAUGCGACUCGUGCAGCUGGGCGACGCCGACAUGGUGGUGUCCAUGGGUUCGACUGGGGCCACCAUGGCGACGGCGGUCAUGGCGCUGGGCUUGCUGGAAGGCUUGGAACGGCCCUGUAUCGGCGGCAACUUCCUUGGCGUCGCGCCGAAUACCACCGUGGUUGACCUGGGCAGCAAUGUGGAUUGCCGCCCGUCGUUGCUGUUGAACUUCGCCGCUCUGGGGGUCGCCUUUUCCCGCCGCCGCCUGGGCAUAGAGAACCCUCGCGUCGCUCUGCUCAGCGUGGGUGAGGAGUCCUCCAAGGGCAAUCGCCAGGUCCAGGAGAGCCACACGCUUUUUAGGGAGAGCCAUUUGAAUUUCGUCGGCAACGUCGAGGGCAUGGACUUCUUCACCGGCAAGGCGGAUGUCAUCGUUUGCGACGGGUUCAUCGGCAAUAUCCUGAUCAAAUUCGCUGAAGGUCUGGGUUCCGCGCUCGUCCCCUAUCUCCACCAUCGCCUGUCUGCGGUUCUCCCCGGUGAACAGGUUCAACAGAUCGGAGAAGCCCUGUGGACCACCAUGAACCUGCCGCGCACCAUGGGAGGGCCGCUUUUCGGCGUGAACGGUCUGGUCAUGAUCGGACACGGUUCAUCCACCGCCACCGGCGUCGCCGGCGCCAUCAACACCGGUCUGCUAUGCCAUCGACUGGAGUUGGUGGAGGGAUUCCGGCAAGAACUGGCCGAAUUGCAUCGUGCCGUAGUGCGCGAGACGUGA